AUGACCAGUGCAUUUAAUAUUUGUUUAUUAUUAUCAUUCAUUAUUGUGGUAACAGAGGCUUCAAAAUGCCCGCAGAAAAGAAAACCACAUGAUAAUAGUUGUAUUAAAUUUUAUGACUGUGUCAAUUUACCUAAUGGUGGAUAUGUCUGGGCACCUUCUAGAUGUACUGAUGGCCUUGUGUUUCAACCUCAUCUACUUCUUUGCGUACAACCAGGUGAGAACUGGAGUUGCGAUGACCGUGAAUCAGGCAGCGAAAUUUCAAAUGACAACAUUUCACUAAGUUCUGAAUUUAGCAACAGAAUUGAAUCUGGCAGCGAUUUGAAUUAUCAAUUUUCUUCAUCGAGUGCGUCCAAUAAAUUAAGUAAUCUUCAAGUUAUAAUUCCAUACCCAUUUAAUCGAACCAACGAAACUGGGACCAAAAAAGAGACUUUACAAAUUCUUAUACCGAUGAAAGGUCAAAAUAAUUUCAAUGACAAAUCAAGCGAUAGCAAAGGAUAUUGGAAUAAAAUAAUUUUUUACCAGCACGUCGGACCUUCGGUCAAACAAUAUUUAUUCCUACCCCGGAAUUCUGGGUCGAAUAAAAAUGAAUAUACUUAUCAUGAUAUAUUUGAUUACUUUGUGAAAAAUUUUACUCUGGAUCAUAAAUUGGAAGGUAUAAAAAAUAAUGAUACAGAAAUUGAUGAUGGUAUUACGGAAAUUGAUACGUUGCAAUCAAAUUUUAAUAUUGAUGAAAUUGAUAAAUUGUCUAAUGUGUUGCUUGUAAAAAGUAAUUUAGGAAAAAAAGAAUACAUAACUGUUGAUAAAUAUAAAAAAUUACUCGCUAGUAAUUUGAAAAUUGAAAUAAUUAGAAUUAUUCCCUGCCGGCGAGGAUUCAGAUUGCCUAAUGCUACUGAUUGCACCAAGUAUUAUACCUGCGAACUGACAAAUGCACAAGUUCACGAGUUUACUUGCCCGCCUUACACGGCUUUUAAUAACCAAAUCAACAUUUGUGACCCGCAGACAUUCAAACGGUGUCUAAAAAGUCGUUAUCAUAGUCUUAGUUCAAGUGAUAUUAAAAAGGAGAUGACAGUUAGUUCUAAAGAAGAUGAUGAUGAUGAUGAUGAUUAUGACGAAGAUGAUGACAAUGAUGCUGACAGUAAAGAUGAAGUUGCUGACAAACCGUGUGAGUCAGCUGGGAAAUUUCCGGAUCGGAAGUCGGAAAAGUAUUACUAUCUUUGUUAUACUUCUGAAGUCACGGGAAAAAUUGAAUCUAUUAGAAUGAUAUGCCCUAAUGAUUUGAUCUUUUGUGGAGACAGAAAAGUUUGUACUACAAAACGUUUUUGUAAUUAUUGA